CCAUUUUCAAUUUUGCGUGGGCGUCCUCAUCUUAUAUUCGCAACGGUAACCUCACUCACUUUCUUUCUCUUCUCCAAAAUGGAAGAACAAGAAGAAGAAGCUCCCACUCUGCGACUCGAGAUUCUGCAAGGCCCUCGCGGGGGCGAAACCCUAGAAUUCAAACCCGGCGCCGCCGUCCGAAUCGGCCGCGUCGUUAAAGGCAACACUCUCCCAAUCAAGGACCUCGGAAUCUCCUCCAAGCACCUCACGAUCUCAACGGAAUCCAACAAAUGGACCCUCCGCGAUUUGGAUUCCUCAAACGGCACCGUUUUGGACGGAUCCCAAAUCCCUCCCCACACCCCCUUCACGCUUCAACAUGACUCCAUUAUUAAGAUCGGAGAACUCACAUCCAUCCACGUCAUCUUCGCCCCUCGCGAACAACAACAACAACAAGAACUCGCGGUUCUGCCGCGACGGAACCCCACGCGCCGCGGUCGGACCGAACCGGCUCCAACUGAAUCGGUUCCGCCACGCGGACGCGGUAGACCUAGGGGUUUGAAGAGUAAGGUUCAGAUUCAGAUUCAGAGCGUUGAGGAAAAUGAUGCGAGUGUGGUGGACGCGGAAUCUGAGCGCGUGGGUCCGCCUUCUAGGGUAACGAGGAAGACGAACAGAGGAAGGAGCGUGGUUAAGGAGGAUUGGAGUGUUGUUGUUGAGAAUUUGGAUGCUCCGGAGGGUAAGACUCAGAGCGUUGAGGAGAAGAACGCGAGUGUGGUGGAGGCGGAAGGUGAGGGCGUCGGUCCGCCUGCUAGGGUAACGAGGAAGGUGAACAGAGGAAGGAGUGUGGUUAGGGUUUGCGACGAUGAUGAUGUUCCGGUGGAGAAGGUAGAGGAGCCGAAGAGUACGAGGAAUUUGAGUCUGAUUGUGAUUUCUGAUUCCAGCGUUGGGAAUUCGGAUGCUCCGUUGGUAGAGGAGCCGAAGAAGACGCGCAUGAUGCGAAAUUCGAAGAAGGUGCCUGGGGUGACUACUGGGAAUGUGGAGAAGAAGACGAAGAGGGGUGUUGCUGAAAAGAGAGAAUUGGAGGAAGAAGGCGAAGAUUUGAAUGGUGUGAAGGAGACUUGUGAUGGAAGAAAAGAGGGGAAUUUGCCUAAUUUGAAACGGAGAAGGAGGGGUGCUACCGAGAAAAGAGAAUUGGAGAAAGAGGGUGAAGAUGGGAAUGUUGUGAAAGAGGCUUGUGAUGGGAGAGAAGAGGGGAAUUUGAAUGGAGAUGAUAGGAAUUGGCAUGAUUUGAAAGGGAGAGAGAGGGAAUUGGAGAAGGAGGGUGUAGAAGGGAAUAGUGUGAAAGAGGCUUGUCAUGAGAAUUGGCCUGAUUUGAAUAAGAUGACUCUUGGUGAGUGGUUUGAUUUCUUGGAGGUUUACAUGCCGAAACAGAUCAUAGAUGAGACUGAAGAGAUGAUUGACUCGAUGACCCAAAAAGCUGAGAGACUCCGUGAGUACAUUGUAGAGAUGCAACAACAGAAUGGCAAGGCCAAAAUGCCAAUGGAGGAAUAGGCCAAAAUGCUGAUUUUAUUAGUUUCUUUCACUUGCUUUGAUUGUAAGCAUGCUGACAUAGGGCAUGGUCUUCAUAAAUUUAGUUCCUACUCGCAGGGAAUGAUGUAUUAGUUUGCUAGGUGGUUAAUGUUUUUUCUAUUCUUAGAUGAGGGUUGAGGACUUGUACUGCAUAAUCUGUGCAUUGGGUCGAAGGUCUUACUUGUGUGGUGUAGUGUUUUAGGAAGUUGCUUUCCUUGAACGAGCUUCUCCAAAAAAGAUUAUAGGGUUGAAAUGCUAUUUCUUGGCAAGAGUGAGAUCCUUAUAUUCAGUAUGUAUUCAGCAGUCACGUAUACUAUGCUAUGAGAAAUAUGCAAAUUGCAUUUGUCAUUUGUGCCUCACAGCUCAGUCUAUAGUUAUGUUUAUGUGGACAAUUAAGUGAACUUUGAAUUUUGUCCCCC